AUGAAGGAAUUCGAAGUUACAGUAAAGAAAGAGAGUCCGUCGACUUAUUUUGGUCUGAUGCUGGCACAAAAGACAGGAUCGUCUCAGAUUAUUGUCAGGGACGUGGCUCCGAAAGGUGCCUUUGCCAAUACAAAGAUUGUACCAGGAUUGCAAUUGUUACAAAUCAAUGGUGAAACGGCGGAUUCGGUUCAGGCAGCUGUUCAAACGCUCAAGUCGGCCCCCAUUGGAAAGGUGACUCUUGUGGUGCAAGGUUUGGUGGCUACCGCCCACAAACAAGACAAGGAUGCCAAGAUUGGCCUUUCGCUUCAAAAGUUGACAAGAUCAGAUGGGAUUUCGGGACCAGCGGAACUUAUCAUUGCCAGCGUUUCGGAAACUGGCAUUUUUGCCAAGUCGGGAUUGCUCAAAGGAUAUCGGAUAAGUACCAUCAAUGGAAAAGCCUGUCCUUCCCUGUUGAGCGAGGCCACCACCAUGAUACGAGACGCUACCGGUGACGUGACCGUGGUGGCGGUGCAAUCUGAAAUCAAACCCUGUAAAAAGGCUUCGCUGGGUGCCUAUUUGCUAAAGCAUCACGUUUCCAUGGGCGAUUCUACUUUUGCAUCGGAGAAAACUGUCAAUGGAGAAGAGGCUGAAUUCACUAUUGAACCCAACUCGGAGGAAGUGAUCGAACGAGAAUUGAACAGUAUGCCAAUUGUCCACGACGGGGUUGUUGUGGAGGAGCAGCAAGGCGCCGUAUUCGAUUCCGAGUAUGGGGAGCCAGAGUAUACCAUUGAACCCAAUUCAGCAGAAGCUUCCGAACGAAUGUUGUAUACUCCCUUCAGCACGGAAGAAGAGGUGGAAGAUGGCGUGGUAGAUUCCGAAUAUGGUCAGGUGCAACAUCAUCACCAUCAUCAUAUCAAUGAAGUAACAACCACACUGUCAAAACGAUUUCCAGGAGAAAAGGUUGGCAUUGCGCUCAAGAACGUCAAGGAACCCAGGAGUGUCAUUGUCAAUCGGUUGGUGAAGGAUGGUCUAGCGAUACGUUCCCGGUGCCCCUUGAGCCUCGGUCAAACCAUUCUGUACAUUAACGAUCAAAAAUGCCCACCAUCGGCCAAACACGCCACGGCACUGGUUUCAGAAGCUCCCAGAACCAUCACCAUCAUUGCCCGGAAUACCAAAGUCACAGCCUUCAAAAAGACGGCCAAGACGAAACUUGGAAUCAAGCUUCGGUCCUCGAAAAAAAGUCCCCGGGUGACUGUGGAAUAUGUAGACCCACAUGGGCUGUUUGGCCGUAGCAUCUUGUCCAAGGGACAAACGGUGGCCGCCAUUAAUGGCGAAAUUUGUCCCGACAAUGCGCUGGAUGCCAUUGAGAUGCUAAGAUCCACAGUGGGUACCGUUUCCAUCGAGGUUGGAUACAAGGGGUUGUUGUUGAAACCACCAAGACAGGGGAUGGACAACUUUCCUCCCAUUGUGGCGGCGACGAUUGAAGAACCAGAAUUAGUCAUAGAAGAAGAAGGAGAAGAAGAGAGAGGAGUCCAGCAGGAACAACAAGUGCCCGAACCCGAAAUUCUCGGAACACGGUCAAUCGUUUCGAACAAGCAAGCUGGCAAAUGGAUUGGUGUGAGUUUUGCAAAGACGGACGGCAUGAUCACGGUGUGCAAAAUCCAAGACGAAAGCCCACUUCAGAAUUCAGAACUGCAAGUGGGUCACGCAAUUGUUGCCGUCAACCACGAAGCUUGCCCUGAGUCAAUUACAGAAUUGAUUUCCAAGAUCCAACGAUCGUCCGGAGAAUUAGUGAUUACUUCAUCACCAGUCGAAGGAGCGAGUGAGGUACUUGCAGCAGUGGCCCGACAACCCAAAAUAUCCAGCCCAGGCAGCACGAUACCAAAUAAGUUGCUACCGGGGCAAGUUGUUGCAAAGAUCACCAAGAGUACGAAGGAAGACAAGAUUGGAAUCAAGGUGGUUCGGUCCUUGCAGGAUCGGAUAGCGAUUAGCUCGAUUACAGAAGGUAGCCUUUUGAGUACAACCGACCUUGCUCCUGGGCAGUUCAUUGUGUCAAUCAAUGGAAUACCAUGCCCUCCCACCAAGGACGAAACAGUAAAGCUCAUUCGGGAUAGUAUUGGGUCACUUGAAAUCGUUGCCUCCAGUUCGAUGGGUCUGGCAAUAAAGCCAACGGUGGCUACAAAGGUUGGCAUUACGAUUGGCAGAACAAUUUCAAAUGAGAUGAUUAUCAUUGACGUUAAGAAAGGGUCCAUCCUGGAAAGCGACGCGGUUUGGGCUUUGCGUCAAGACCAGCGUGUCGUUUCCAUCAACGGUGUGGAUUGUCCUGAUAAUACACAAGACGCCAUUGCAUUGAUUCGAAACUGCGUUGGGGACCUGACCGUUGUGGCCGUCGACCGUUUCAAGCAGCAGACUUUGGGAAACUCGGAAAAUCAGAGCUCCUCUGCAACGGUGCCCAUUAUCGAGAAGUCGCCUCAGAACGGAGCGAGAUCAAUGCCUGCAAGGCGCGAAGAAGCGCCUGGAUUUUCCAUUCCCGUCAACAUUGCGAAAUCACCGCAAAACGGAAGUGCCACCCCUGAGUUUAAGGAAAUCCAAGCUGUGGCCUACGACAAGCAGGAGAGUGACAUGUUAGGUUUGUCCAUUGGCGUGACACAAGACUAUGCUUUUGUCAACCAUAUAUCCGCAGAUUCACCGUUUGUGAACACGGAUUUGUGCGUAGGACAUCGGAUUACAAAGAUUGAUGGCGAGGACUGCCCAUUGCCCUUGUCAGAUGCUGUGGAUCUUUUUGCACAACAUGUGGGCACAAUGACAAUCGAUGCGAAAGAAAAGAUUGUUUCUCCCGGUCAAGUUUCUGCAUCAAUAGUGAAGCGGUCGCAGGAGACCAAUAGUGGCGUUGGCUUUGGAGAAUCUGCUCAAGGCCGUGUCGUCAUCAGCAAAAUUGAUCCGAAAGGCUUGUUUGCCGACUCUGCACUACGAGUAGGCCAAGUAGUUGAAUCGAUAAAUGGAAGGGGCUGUUUCGAUGCGGUUGCAGCGUACGAGACCCUGGUGUCAGCGUCAGGGAAAGUCACAAUCAUUGCAUCAGCUACGGUGGCUAGCGCUUUAAAGCAGAAUAUUGACCAAUCCACGGGCAUUUUGCUUGGUCAGUCGGUUGAUGGAAGAGAUAUCAUUGUUCGAGGCGUUGACGAAAGUGGAAUAUUCGCAAAUAGCGGCUUGAAGACAGGCCAGUGUGUGGUUUCGAUAGCUGGGGUCAGUUGCCCGCGAAGUCUUGCCGAAGCUGAAGGUCUGAUUCAAGACCGUGUCGGAAAGCUGACCAUUGUUGCACUUGACACAGUCGGCAAUUCCCUGGAAAAUGCGAACGGAUACACACCAGAGACAAACCCCAUUAUCACUGUAUCAGUCUACAAGAAAAACCAAAAUUCAAAAGUUGGAAUGAAGAUGAGAAAAGGGAUACAAGACGGCAAAGUCGUUGUCAGUGGUGUGAGUGAAGACGGCCCCAUGGGAGGAAAAGGACUUGAAGUGGGAAUGUAUAUUAUUUCAAUCGAUGGGAUACCAUGUCCGUUGGAUCCAAAGACAGCUACGGGUAUAAUAAAGGAGGCGACGGGGCACUUUGCAAUCGUCGCUUCACCAACUGUUGCCUCUAUAUCGAAGAGGUCAAAGGACGAGAAACUUGGAGUGACGCUUGCACGGACUCCAACUGACGACAUUGUGGUCCACAGUAUUGCUAAUAACAGCGCUUUCAAACAUACGGAUUUGCAGGUUGGACAGAAAGUCGUUUCGAUCAACCGAAAGAAAUGCAGCGGCCUCUUGGACGAAGCAAUAAAAACGCUCGCAGACAGUGUCGGGUCUGUUACCAUUAUCGCCCUAGAUACAAUAAAACUGUAA